UAAAACGAUGAAAGGCAGAGAUGAAGCCGUACAUUACACGCGCUUUAAACGCGAGUUAUCACGCCAAGAAAGUUAGAAUAAUAUCUGUACGACCUUCAUAACUAUCUUUAUCGACAAAAAAAUAAAUAUCUAAACUUAAUUAUUUACUCUCAGAAAUUAAAAAAGAAAAAAAAAAAAAAUAUCCGACAUUGUUCCAAAACGCCAAAACCUUUUCCCCUUUCCUCUUUCUUCCGCUGCCGCCGCGAGAUUCUCUGGCUGCCGUCCGUUUGAUGAGUAGCAGGUUGAAAUGGCAACAUCCCAAGUCCCUCCGUCCGUUACCUGGCAUUUCACAGAGCUCGACGAUCGGCUCUUCCAAAUCCGCGGCCGGACUUUCUUCUUCGUCGCCGUUUUAUUCGCCAUCAUCCUUCUUGUAACUUUUAUUUUCCUUUACGCCCGAUGGGUCUGCCGAUUCCACCAACUCACUACCUUCCCCGCCGCCGUACCCGGCGGAAGGCCGCCGAGGUCGCCGCCGCAGCAGGGGCUCAACCCGACGGCGAUUAACUGCCUUCCAAUCAGUCUGUACAAGGCACCGCCGGCGGAGGAGGAUCCACGUGCCACCGUGGCGGCUGCAGGGGAGUGCUCUAUUUGCUUGGGCGUGUUUGAGGAUGGGGAGAAGGUGAAGAUUCUACCGCUGUGCCGCCAUUGUUACCAUUCCGAGUGUGUCGACCGGUGGCUCCGAUCACAGUCGAGCUGCCCCCUUUGCCGUGUCUCUCUCUGUAUCGAUACCUCGAACAAUCUUCAAAUGGUUUGAAGUUACGACGAUGAGUUAUUUCUCUAAUUUUAAAUUACGAUUGAACUCAAAAGCUUGGAUAAAUUUAAUACUCUAUCCAUAUUGUCUUCCGAAGUCUAUAACUAGGUAAUUAGAAUGAAAAUAACAAUUGGGUUUUGAUCGAUGUAGUCUUUUUUUUAAUAUUUUUUUUUGUCAAUGUUAUUAAAUUCAAAAACUUAAGUUGAUA